AUCCUUUUGGAGUAAGUUUGCUCAUAUUUUGUUGAUUUUUUGCAUCUACAUUCAUGAGGAUAUUGGCCUGUUGUUUGCUUGUGUGUUUGUCUUCUUUCGGUAUCAUGGUAAUGCUAGCCUCAUAGGGUGAAUUAAGUGGCAUUGUCUCAUUUUUUUUUUUCUUUUGAAAAGUUUAAGAAACACUGGAGUCACUUCUGAAAAUGGUUAGUAGAAUUUCCAAGUGACCACCUGGCUCUGGGCUUCCUUUUUUGGGAUGUGUUUAAUUAUGUGUUUGAUUACUGCUUUUAUCUCUUGUUAUGGUCUGUUGAAAUCUUGUAUUUCUUCUUGAGUUGUUUUACUGUCUUUAUGAAUUUGUUAUCUCUAAAUGUAUUUAACAAAUUCACACAUGUCUUUGCUCCUCUAAUAUUCUUCAUUUGAGUGCCUCUAAAGUGGGUAUGUAUAGAAGUGGGUACAGAAAUCAAUGAAGAAAGAGCAAAAUAACAGUUUUGCUACAAUUGAGAAAUAUUGCUGAAAGUGGUGUAUAGUUCUUAAUUGUGAAUGCUUUACAUGUGAAUUUCCAGAAUUCAAAAUGUCGUCACCUUGCUUGUUACCCGUUUACGUGUUUCCUUUUAUGAUCCCGUCUUUUCUUUUCCUGAAGUUGUCUCUGCUACAUGGAACCACAGAAUAUAACACGCUUCUCUGAAUUCCUCCUCCUGGGCCUCUCAGAUGAUCCAGAACUGCAGAGCCUCCUGUCUGGAAUGUUCUCAUUCAUGUAUCUGGUCACUGUGUUUGAGAACCUACUCAUUAUCCUGGCUGUCCACUCUGACAGCCACCUCCACACUCCCAUGUACUUCUUCCUCUCCAACUUAUCCCUGGCUGACGUUGGUUUCACCUCUACCAUAGUCCCAAAGAUGCUUAAUGACAUCCACACAUGCCACAAAAUCAUCUCCUAUGUUGACUGCCUGAUUCAAUUGUCUUUGUUAAAUUUUUUUGGCUAUAUGGACAGUCUGCUCCUCACUACAAUGGCCUAUGACCAGUUUGUGGCCAUUUGUCAACCCCUGCACUACCCAGUCAUUAUGAACCCCCACCUCUGUGGUCUACUUGUACUGGUGUCUUUUUUAAUUAGCCUUUUUUACUCCCAGCUGUACUGCGUUAGGAUGUCACAACUUACUUUCUGCACAGAUGUGGAAAUCCCUAGUUUCUUCUGUGAUACUCCACAACUCCUCAACCUUGCCUGUUCUGACACCUCCACCAAUACCAUAUUAGUAUAUUGUAUUUGUGCCAUCUUUGGUGGUGUUCCAGUUUCGGGGAUCCUUUUCUCUUACUUGCAAAUUGUUUCCUCUAUUCUGAAAGUUCCAUCAUCAGGUGGGAAGUAUAAAGCCUUAUCCACCUGUGCCUCGCACCUGUCAGUCGUUUGCUUAUUUUAUGGAACAGGCCUUGGAGAGUACCUCAGUUCAGUUGUCUCGCCUUCUCUUAGGAGUGGUGAAGUGGUCUCAGUGAUGUAUACCACUGUCACCCCCAUGCUGAACCCCUUCAUCUACAGUCUGAGGAACAGGGAUAUCAAGAGGGCCUUGCAGAGACUCCUCAGCAGAACAGCAUAUUUUUAA